AUGGAUGACGUCAGCGUUGACGUCACCGCCCUCAGGCUGAAGCCCAGGCGAAACCUGCCCUUGGGCUUACCCGGGUUGGUGGGACCCAGGGCUUGCCCGGGCCAAUUCUCUUGCGUUGGAGCCCCUUUGUGCUUGCUUAGGAGGCCUCCUGCCCGGUUUGCAUGUAGCGCUAGAGCUGCUCUAAGAGAAUGUCCACCCCAAAAGGCUAAGGCAAAGACAAAUCUUGCCCAGGCGGUUUGGGGCGCGCUGGAGGUCCAAACCCCUGCACAGGGGCCUCUUGCCCUGGCAAAAGGGCCUACGCUAGAGCGCCUUCAGGCUGAAGCCCAGGCAGGAUUAGCCUUUGGGCUUGCCCGGGUUGCUGGUUGCGCACUGGAGAUCCAAACCCUUCAAAAGGGGCCUCCCGCCCUAGCAAAAGGCCUUGCGCUGGAGGUGCUCUUAGAACAGGAGCUUCUCCAAUAA